AUGACUGAAGAGGAUUCUUGCGAUCUGGAUUCUUCAAGUGAAGAAGAUGAUACCUUUUCCCAUGAUGACAGAUCUGAACAAUAUGUUCCCCACAGGAAAGCAAACGUUUCUACAGGGGAUAGUAUAGAUCGUCUGGGUGAUAGAUAUGCACCGUGGCCUCUUCCCCAGUAUGUUUGUCAUUGUAAAGAUGACCGGAGGGCCAGGUCUCCUCGAAGUAUGAACCGCCACCCCCAGCGGCCCUGUUUCGUUCAUAAACCGAGGGAAAUAUGCUGUGCUAGGACUGCCAGCGAUGUGAAUAUGGAUGAGGUCCUAUCCUUGCUGCCAGGGCGCCAGCGGAAGACACGCCAGCAGCUUCAACGGGAAAAGGAGGCCGCCGUCACUCUCCAGUCUGCCUGGAGGGGUUGCCAAGUCAGAAAGGAUAUUAGCAAAAUGAAUAAGGCCGCCACCCAAAUUCAGGCAGCUUUCCGAGGGUACAUGACCCGGAAGGAAUUGCCUCUGGGACUCUGCGGUUACGGCAGGACCAAUCAACGAAAGUUGCAGAAGAAAACGAGAGCUGAAGACGAGAGCAAACCUUUCCCCGCACUCCUAGAUUGCCUUCAGCAGUUUGGUUUGGUGUCUGGAACAAAGCCUUCUGGCCAGAGCAUUUCCCUCCCAAAUGGCAAGCCAAGGAACUAUUCAAGAAACCUCAUAGAAGACUAUCCACUUUUGAAUCCGAACGUCACCUUUUUUGAAAUUGAGUCCACCCUCAGACCCAACAGAGAAGUGUUCACGUACACCUCUUUCAAUGUCUUUGCCACGGGAAUUCAGGACCAGAGAUACGAGGAUGCUGCCACCACAAUCCAAGCAGCUUGGAGAGGGUACCAAAUCAGACAGAAAGGAAGGCCUAUGACAGGAGAAGAAAAAAGACCCAGAAACCCUAUCUGUUCUAACUUUGCCAUGAAGAAAACCCCUUGCAAACACUCAUUGCCGGGGCCAGCUCUCAAGGGGCCCAAAAUCCGUCAGAUCUUUGUUGCAAAGGCAGACCUCCAUGACACCCAAGGCACCCUCUCGCUAAGAGAUGCACCGCAGAUUCGAAAUAUUAAUAUAUACGCAGUGAUAAAGGCCAUGCCAGAUCCUUCCCGGAAGCCGAACAUAUCCAUACGGGUGCUGAGCCCAAAUGCUGUGGUCCAGGGAUAUGAGAGAGAGAUGAGCAGCGGGGUGCAGGCUCUCUACACUGUCCAAAAUAAUAGCGCUUCAAUGCCCUCUCAGAUCCUCAUUCAUGUCAACACGCAGAAAAGAAAGGAUGUUCUCUUAAAAACUGAAAAGAAGAAGCAAAAGCCCUGA